CGCGCUCUUCCACGUCGGCUUCAAAAACGCGUUGACGUCGGCAAGUGAAGGUACCCGUACGUUAAUAGUGUUGUGCGAGCCGGUAGUUACGGACGACUUACUGGCGUGUGUCGAGGCCUUCUUGAGCGCCACCUCCAUACAUGCAUUACCUAUGAGCAUCAUUCCAUCCUCCGGACCAGCGCAGCAGACAGAACAAACGUUUAUAAACAUGAAAAAUAACUUAGGUAUAAUGAUUUGCUUGGACAAAGACCAGGAUAACUUGACCGGAUUGCUAGAUUCCUAUCCGCUGCUAUACAACAAUAACUUUUUAUGCUGGCUCUCACAUUGGUCAGACGAAACCUUGAAAGACAUGCCGGCACUUCUGAUACAGAGGUACAUUCCGUUGUUGCACACUGUGUGAUCACUGCACCACGUUGCGUGUUGAGAGGUUAUCGAAAGAGAAUGCUCUAGAAAUGUCUCAAGAUGAUAUGAAAAGCAUUCCAGUACAAGGGUUCGUUGAUAUAUACAAGAGCUUAGACGCAGAGCGAGUGCGUACACCUUCUCGGUAUAUGCAUUUUAUAAAGACGUACUACAAAAUUUUCAAUAUCAAAAAACAAGCCCUACUACAACGGCGCGAUACCUUAUGUGCUGGAGUGGAAGCACUUCGUCGCGCUCGUAGUGAGGUAGCGACGUUACAGGACGAGGCGGCGGAACAAGAGGUGGCUUUAUCAGAGAAACAGGCAAAAGCAAAUCAAGCUCUGGACCAGAUAGGGGCCACGGUACGGGCUACCACUGAUAAGAAGGAGGAAAUGUAUCAGCUGAAGAAGAAUAUCGAAUUGGAAAAUGAAAAACUACAAAUUCAAAAAAAAGAAAUUGAAGAAGAAUUAGCUUCAGUGGAGCCAGUCAUAGCAGCGGCCCGGGCGGCGGUCGGCGACAUAAAGCCCGAGUCUCUGAGUGAAGUACGUUCCCUCCGUGCUCCUCCCGACGUGGUGCGCGACGUGCUAGAGGGCGUGCUGCGCCUCAUGGGAAUCGCUGACACGUCCUGGCACUCCAUGAAGAGUUUUCUCUCCAAGCGUGGCGUCAAAGAGGAUAUACGAUGCCUGGACGCGCGCCAGAUCAGCCCCGAGGCGGCGCAGUCGGUGGAGCGCCUGCUGCAGCGGCGCGGCGCGUCGUUCGAGCAGGCGGCGGCGCGCCGCGCCAGCGCCGCGUGCGCGCCGCUCGCCGCCUGGGUGCGCGCCAACCUCGACUACGCGCGCGCGCUCGCCCGCGUGCGCCCUCUGCAAGACCGACAGCGGCAGCUGCACGGAAACCUCAAGCGAGCGGAGGACGAGCUGGCCGCUCUGUCGAGCGGGCUGGCGACCGUGGACGAGCGCGUGGCGGCGCUCAAGGAGCAGCUUGGGCGACACACGCGCGAGGCGGCCGCCAUCGAGCUGCGACUGAGCACCGCCGUGCAGACCAUCAGCGCCGCCAGCGACCUGCUCGACCGGCUCGCGCACGAGUACGACUCGUGGGAGAAUGAUCUGCAAAAUAUUACGAUUGAAAUAUUGGAAUUGAAUCAACGGUCUCUUUUAGCAGCUGGAUAUCUCACGUAUCUACCUGACCUGACCGAACCGCAAGCUCGGAACUACCUUUCAAAAUGGUGCUCAUUGAUAAACUUCGAGGAUACGUCGUUCUCGUUGAUAAAUUUCUUGUCAACUCCCGAAAAGCAAUUAAAGUGGGAAGCAAAUGGCCUACCUUUAGAUCAAUCGGCUUUCAAAAAUGCCGUUUUCGUUGAACAGUAUUUGGAACAGUCGUCCACUCUGACGCCGCUUCUAGUGGACCCGGAGGGCGAGGCGGAGGUGUGGCUGCGCAGCACGCUCGCGCACGCAGACUUCGUGCCGCAGCACGAGCCGCGUCUCGCCACUGCGCUGCACCUCGCGUUGAGACUGGGUCGUACUCUAGUCAUAACGGAGGUGGAGUGCAUAGAAGAGUGGUGGUGGAGUACUAUGCGAGGAGCGGCGGGAGGGCGCGCGCGCGUGCUGCUCGCCACGCGCAGGCCCGCGCUCGCCGGCGACGUGGCCACGCACUGCCGCGCCGCACUCGCGCCGUUACACUUCACCGCGCGUCUGCACGCACUCGUAGAUCAACUGGUACACGGCGCAUUUUAUAAACAAAAUCCAGAGAUGAAAGAAAAAUCGAAGGAAAUUAAACUAACAAAGGCCACGCUACAGAAACGACAGCACGAGUUACAGGAAAACCUCCUAAGAGACCUAUCGGGCAACGCGGACAUACUGCACGACGCGAACCUGCUGGCGGCGCUGGAGAAGACGCGCAGCACGAGCGCCACUAUCUCGCAGGCGCUGGACGAGGCGCGCGCGCUCGAGGCGCACACGCGCGCCGCGUGCGAGGCGUACGCGCCCAGCGCCGCGCGCGCCGCCUCGCUGGCGCUGGCGGCGCGCCUCGUGACCGCUCUGCCGCCCGACACGCUACUCGACGUCUUCGUCGGUGCCGUCGCUAGGUCGGAGAGUAAUCCGAAAAAUAUAAAUAAUGACGAAGUUGUAAAGUACUUCACGCGAAAAAUCAUAGAACGUGUGUUGUUGAGCCUGCACAAGAAAGACAAGUAUAUCGUCGUUAUGCAUCUGUUGCGACAGGUUUACGACAAUCUUAUUCCAGAAAAGCUUUGGCAAAUAUUUAUCGGAAAUUUCAAUCUCAUUGAAAUUGAUAAAGAUCUCACGAGAACGAUGAAAACUCAAUUCCAGUGGAUAACAGACGAUUGUGUGAAAAGAGUUGCACAAAUAAAGGUUCAUGAUGAGAACUUGUUUAAUCGCCUCUCUCUCGGGACAUCCGACAUGUGGCUGGAAUUUCAAAAGUUGGGAGAUCUACACAUCCUGAGUAAGCUAAAUCUGGAACCAUUCGAGUGCGUCGUCGCAGUGGCGGCGUUGCGACCGGAGAGCACGUAUCGAGCCAUCGUAUCAUUCGUCGAUCAAGUGUUAGGCGCGGGCGCGGUGUCGGGCGCGCACACGGCGCAGCGCGCGGCGCUGUGGUCGCAGCCCGCGCGGCCCGCGCUGCUGCUGGCGGCGCACGCGCACGACGUGCUGGCCGCGCACGCGCACGCGCACUCGCGUACGCUCACUACGGUGGGCAUCGACGAAGGAAUGAAUGUGUGGGAAGCGGCUUUGGAGACAUCUCGAGGUGGAAGCUGGCUCGCUAUAAGAGUCGGUGCUUCGCCAUUUACACGCGAUCUGUUAUCAUUCGUUGUGUCACUGUCGGAGAGACCAGCGAGCGAUUUUGGUGACGAUUUUCGAUUAUGGAUACUGGCGGAAGAUCGUGACAUUCCAUCGACGUUAUCCACGAACUGUGUCAAAGUCGUCCUUGAAUCACCGGAGGGCGUAAAGCGCAACGCGUGCGGCACGCUGAGUGCGUGGACGCGCCUGCGAGCGGACGCGACGCUGCUGCGACACCUCGCCGGCCUCGCGCUGUUCCACGCGCUCGUGCAGGAGCGCCGCGCCUACAUCCCGCAAGGUUGGAGCCAGUGGUACGGCUGGGAGUGGGGCGACGUGAGCGCCAGCGCGGCGGCGGCGCGGGCGGCGGGCGGCGAGGAGGCGGCGCGCGAGCUGUGCGGUGCGUUGUACGCGGCGCGCGUGGAGCGGGCGCGCGACCGCAGCGUGCUGCACGCUCUGGCGCGGCGCUGCCUGCGCGAGCCGCCCGCUCCCUGGCCGCGCAGCGACCGCCUGCAGGACUACGUAACGGCUAUGGAGGCACUACCCGAUAUCGACUCACCGGAACUGCUGCAACUGCCGGCCAAUUGCCGUGUGGCGUGGGAAAAGAACGCCGCUGAUAAUAUAAUUGCAGGAUUAAGAGGGCUGUCCAAACAACGGCCCGCGGGCCGCAUGCGGCCCGCGUCUUGUAUUCUUGCGGCCCGCGGAAUAUUGUAA